AUGGGGUCGGUUCCGGACUGGGUCGAAUUGCAGGGGGCGCCACCGGUUCCAUUUUUUAAAAGGGUGCUGGGAACCUUAAUCCCGCUAUUUUCUAGACUGCAGCACGUGACUAUGUACGAAGAAAAGUUUAAGCUGUUGUUUGUCGACGCGCUGGGGCUUAAGGUAGCCCCAGGGCAAUAUGAGAUGGAGGCUAGCACGUGCCUUUUACUGAGCAAUGCAGGUCAUUUGGAGGAUUAUCCUAGGUCAUUGCCACCGUUUGUGGUUAAAGUGCCAGGAAUUCAUAUACGCGACGAUGUACAAAAGGAGGAACUUGACCCGAAAUUGGAAACAAUCAUCUCAUCAAAUACGACAGAUGAUAGCUUUAUCUACAUUAGUUUUGGCACCGCAGUGAAUUCGGUCAGUUUACCGGUGUCCCAUUUGAAAAUAUUUUUCCGUGCGAUGGAAGCAUUUCCGAAGAUGAAAUUUAUCUGGCGAUGGAAAGGUCCCAUGCCGAUAACACAUCCGCCAAACCUUCACCUCAUCGACUGGGUUAACCAACAAAAAUUGUUAUGUAGGAGUAAUCGUUUCUCAUCAUUAAAUAUGUGUAAUAGGGAGAUUGUGAGUUAA